GUGAAACGUUCCUUCCUCCAUCCUGGUAGCACUCCUGGCUCACACACCAGUGCCCCACGACAACCAUCGAACAUGUCAACGCUAGGCAAUGCAAAAUACAAAGAUUCAGACAGCACUAAUUUUCAAGGAUCUUCAACAGUUUCGCUUGCGGACGAAGAUAUGGUAUUCACGUCGAUGGAAAUGUUUUGUACCCGAAUACGUAACAUGCUUGACAUUAUCAACACGCUUGCGCAGUUUGGGAAGCUUUGCGAAGCUGUGAAAGAUCUCCCCCGCUUGCCAAUGGAGGUGCUUUCCCCGGAAGAGGAGACCCCUCGGGAGGGGGAAGGUGGUGAUCAGGAACCUGAAGGAGAUAUGUCACGUACUAUUUCUGAUAUCAGUUUUGAAGAAGAUGAAGAGGUGAUCAGCGAUGACAAUCCUAGUAUCUCGUCAGAGCUGGAGGAGAAGCUUCAGGAUAUGAAAGAUUCGUUAUUCAGGUCUAUUUCUGCAACAAAUUUCCCCGAUAUAUUGGGAAAAGAUCGUGAGAAAUUUGAGCUGGGAUAUUCAGAAUACGUGAACAAUGUUCGCAAGAUUGAGGCGUGCAUCGGUCAUUAUGUUGAGGGAAUCUUCACGCUAAAGUUAAGCGUUGAAAGAUCAUUGCAAAUUUUGUCCAGGUUUGAAUGUGUGGUUAAUCGUCCUGGAUUAAAAAGCAGCUUUUCUGAAAAAUAUGUCGCUGUGUUCUCGCAGUUUGAAGAAGUUCUUGAGGAAGUACAAAAUCUCUAUGAAACCCAAAAGGAGAGCCCUCCGCUUUCGCGCAAUGCACCUAUCGUCUCUGGAGCCAUUUCCUGGUCGAGAGGUUUACUCAGAAAAAUCGAAGAACCCAUGAAAAUAUUCAAGGAGAACAAGUUUGUCACAGCCUUGCGUGACUUUAGUCGUAUUGUGAAGUUUUACAACAGAAUUGCAACGGCUCUUGUGAAGUUUGAGAGUCUCUGGUUAACUAUGUGGAAGUCGAGAAUAGAAAGUGCCAAAGUUGCACUGAAGUUACCUUUGCUAGCGCAUCAUUUUGAAACAAAGGAACUUGUCGUAAAUGCAGAUGAGAGGGUUGUUGAAUUGAUCCAGGAGUGUAAAGGUUUGCUGAGAUUUGGCAUUUCAUUGCCAGAAAAUGCUUUGGAAGUCUUCAGACAAGAGAGCCGAUUCAAAAACUACAAACAACACUUGGAAUUUGUUUUAAAAGACUACUCCAAUAUCUGCUCCUUGGUGCCAGAGCCGUUAAAGAAACUUCUUCUUCCUCAUAUGGAAUCGGUGAUACAAUACCUUCAGCCUGGAAUGUCAACGUUGGCUUGGAAUAGCAUGAACAUCGAUGCGUACUUACACCAAGUACACUUAGCCAAUAGUCGUCUCAGAGUCGUUGUUGAAAGCGUGAACAAGGUGGUGGUUGAUGGCAUCCAUAGAAAUAUCAAUGCUCUAGAGAAGAGUGUGUUGUUUGAUCUGGACCUGGCUUAUGAGAAGAGAUGGGAAGCUGAUCGGUUUAAAGUUGAGUUGAAGAAAUCAAUAAAGAAGAAACAGACUGAUCUGUCAUCGAUGUUAAAAAACGUUGAGAACUCUAUCCAGGAGGUGAUCACCCUUGCCGCACAUCAUCGUUCAAUCACACCCAUCUCCCCAGGUCACACCCCACGGCUCAACAUCUCCCCCAACACGGGUCGCGCUGGCGUCACCAGCACAAGCAUGAGUGGUAUGACCGAGGAGAGUAUUAUUGGCGAGAUAUACACUCAUUAUUGUGGCAUGGCUCACAAGGCUUUGCUUCAAUGCAUCCACAAAUCCCUAAUGGUGUUCUACCAUUCCGUGUGUCCUGCUGAAAUGAUUAAAGAUAUAACUAAUUGUUCUGAAAACAGCAGCUCUCGUCCAUCUUCAGCCGCAUCGACUCUGUCAUCCUCGUCAGAAUGGGCCGUACCCAACCCGUCUUCGGAUUUACUCCAGUUUGAGGUUGAGAUCAAAUUCAACAUUCCGGAUAUAGUAAUCACACCCACGCUCUCGUUGGUGCAAUCACAAAUCAACGACGUCACAACGAGCUUGGUUGACGUAUGCAAGGAUAUCCAGUGGUGGGCUGUAGAUACCAGGGAGACGCUUUACCAGUCAAUAUCUCAGAACUCUGGUGUCAGCUCACUCGUGAGAUAUAUAUCCGAUGUGGUUACAUGUCUUCAGAAUGCUGUUGAUCGUCAACUUUUCCGUUUCCAUCGCUACGACUUUCUCUGGAAGGAAGAUUUGCAUGCCUUGUACCAGGCCUUUGUUGACACGGAGCCCAGCACGGCUGAAUUUCACAGAGAAGUUGAACGCUUACAGAGUAUAGAGCAGGACAUCUUUGCCAUACCAGACUUGCUAAUCAUUGGAUCAGUAUGCUUGAAUACUACCCCCGUCAAAGAUUCUCUACACGGUCUUGCCGUUGCUUGGAAAAUGAAAUAUUCUACUGAGUUACACGAGAUAGCAAAGGCUGAUCUUCAACAGCUGGUUGAUUACAGAGAAGAGAUGCAGGAACGCUUAUCAUGCAAAGUGGUAACACUGGAAAGCCUGAAUGAAAUUCUAAAUUUACUGCAAGAACUCAAUGAUAGAGACAACACGAUCGAUGAAGUGUACUUACCCGUGGAGAAUAGCUAUAUGAUGCUGAGGAAAUAUGAAUUGUCUCUGCCGAGAAAAGAAGUUGAAGAAGUGAACAAUUUAAGAGAUUGUUGGAGAAGCCUGAUGGACCUAGCUGAUCAGGUCCACUCUGAAUUGAUGGUCGAUAAAAGAAAUAUAUUUGAACAAGAAUUAGACAGAGAAGUCAAGCGUUUUGUGGUAGAAGUUAUUCAAUUCCGUAACAGUUUCGAUUCCCAAGGCCCCGGAGUGCCUGGCGUGCUUCCAGCAGAUGCCGUGGAAAGGUUGCACAAUUUCCAAAAAGCCUACUCUGAACACGAAGUGAAGAGAAAGAUAUUAGAUGCAGUUCAGUUAUUGUUUGGCUUUUCACCAACACAUUAUCCUGAACUUGACAGAACUGGCGAGGAGUUGGUUUUACUUGGGUUGCUCUAUGGUUUGUUUCAACAAUAUAUUUCAUUUGAUGAAAGCUUUAGAGAGAAGCUCUGGGCUGAUGUUGACCUUAUAAAAGCCAAUUUUGAGGUUGAGAGCUACUGGCAGCAAUGCUUGAAACUACCAGACAGAAUCCAGGAAUGGCAAGCUUACAAAGAUAUGAAAUCCUAUAUCAAACAAUAUCUUGAUGUAUUUCCCAUAUUACAUAAACUUGCUUCAAAGGAGAUUCGUAACCGUCACUGGUUGCAAGUCAUGAGUGUAACUGGCUCGUCUUUCCAGCUUGAGGCGAAUGUAUUUAGGCUAAAAUAUCUUCUGGAUAACGAACUAAUAAGUCACCAGGAUGAGAUCAAAAACAUCUGCAGCAGUGCUAGUCGUGAAUUGGAGCUUGAAGUAAAAAUGAGAAACACUGAAGAAGAGUGGACGGAACAGGUUUUACAGUUUGAGAAAUUCAAAGAUGGCGCAAUGUAUUGUCUGAGUAACCAGCAUACAGAAGGUUUACUUGAGCUGCUUGAAGAUGCCCAAAGUUCUCUCGCCAUGAUGUUGACUUCGAAAUACAUCGGGCCACUUCAACAAGAGGCCGCUGCCUGGGCGAUGAAACUCAAGGAAGUCAGCGAGGUUCUUGAACAGUGGCUUGCGGUUCAAGACUUUUGGCGCUAUUUGGAGGCCGUGUUCAGUAACUCUGUCACAGCCAAAGAUCUGCCGCAGGAGUUUGCAAGAUUUGCCAGGGUUGACAAAAGUUACAUGAAGAUGACCAAGCGAGCUCGUGAUACGAAGAAUGUCUUACAGUGUUGUGUUGGUGGGGAUAUUCCAAAAAUUCAGGUGUUGAAACAUCUUUAUGAAGAAUUGGAUGUCUGCUUUAAAUCCCUACAAGUUUAUCUGAAUGCUAGACGAAAGGUCUUUCCAAGGUUUUAUUUUGUAUCAGAUCUUGUACUUCUGGCAAUCCUAAGUCAACCGUACACAUUGGAUUCGGUCAAGCCACAUUUCAAAUCACUAUUUGUUGAUUUGGCUGAUAUCGCAUUAAAACCUCGUUCCGAGUAUCAGCCUAAAUGUACAUGGAAUAUGGCUGUGAAUAAUGUGAAGAAAACAAUGAAGGAGGAAGAAGAUCAAGGAGCUAACCUCUUUCUUCCACCGCAUCGAAAGCCAUCUCAAAACAUGCAAUCAGAGCAUGAGCUGGGUCGUACAAUCAGUCGAAAUCUCUCCACUUCCGUGUCGACAUCAUCGUACAGUGAGUGGAGAAUAGUGUAUAGUGAUGCUGUUUCUGUGACCUCUGAGAAAGGAGAAACUCUACAGCUAAAGAAAGAGGUGUUUCUUAAUGGUGGUGUUGAACUGUGGUUAAGUGAACUAUCGCGAGUUCUCCAAGCGACAGUGCACGAAACUAUUGUGAAAUGCAUUGGGGAUGCCAAUACACUGAACUACAUCGAUGAAAUUGCACAAAAGUAUCCACCUCAAGUUGCUUGUCUUGGGCUGCUGUACAUGUGGACUAGAGAAUGCGAGACGGCUAUUGCAGAUAUCCGUAUGGAUAGGAAGGCACUUCCAAAUGCUGUGAGACGUUUCUGGAGCAUUCUGAGCAGACUUCCUAACAUUCUAAUCAAGGGAAGCUGGAGAAACGUUGACCAGAACCUUACCGUUGCUGCACAUGAUAAAUUAGAAGCUUUGUUAUCGUACGGCAUGUACCUGCGGGACAUUGUGGAUGAUCUUGGCAAACGGAAGCUACGAGAUGUCACAGAUUUUGAAUGGAAACGAAACACGAGGUUUUAUGGAGAUAUACGAGAAAAAGGAAAGGAUGGUAAACCUCAUUCAUUGCUGCAUUUGUUGGAAAACGACUUGGAAUAUGGCAACGAGUUUUAUGGAUCAAGAAUGCCCAUCGUUCUCACGCCGAUAACGGAAAGAUGCUUCCUAACUUUAACCAAGGCGGUGACGGAGUAUCAGUGUGGUGCAAUCAUUGGUGCCAGCGGUACUGGCAAGACAGAGACAGCCAAGGGUCUUGCUCACAUGUUGGGCCAGUAUUUUGUCAGCUUGAGUUGUACACCAAAAAUGGACUUUGGUCAGGUUGCCAAGAUCUUCACUGGCCUAGCGCAAGAAGGUUGUUGGGGUAUCCUCGACGAAUUUCAUCGCGUGCCACCGGCGGUCGUUUCUGUUAUAUUUCAUUAUGUGCAGACCGUAAUUGAUGCUAUUAAAGUUGGGAGCAGUUCAUGUUUUGUUGAUGAGGGGAAAGAGAUUGUUAUCAAACCAACAUUCAAUGUUCUCGUCACAGUCACCUCAGAUGAUCACAGUUUCACCAUGACGACCGAACUGAAGGCAUAUUUCCGUACCAUAGCAAUGGUAAUGCCAGACAUGUCUCUUAUUCUGCGAGCUCACUGCGCUGGUCAGGGAUUAAAGUCUCCAAAAGUGCUUGCCGAUAGAUACACCAUGGUAGCUAAAAUCUGUCAAGGACAGUUAAGCAAUACAGCAGCUGAAACGUUCGGUCUAUCAUCAUUCAUCUCAGUCGUGAAGACUUUGGGUGAAAUGCGACGAAGUCAGAAUACAAGUAAUCAGACUAAGAUUAGCACCAUGACCUCAGACUUUCAAAUGCGACCUACCAGUAAUACUUCAAUGCUCAGGUCGUCGAAGUACACUGCCAGUGUAGACAAGGACAAAAAAGCAGGUUCACCUUCAUCUGGACUGACAACGGCUGCAAAACUUGACCAUUCCUGUGCUAUGCAAGUGUUGCAACAGUGCAUUGGACCACGUUUGUCUCAAGAAGAUCUUGGUAUAUUCAAUGGUGUUGUUCGUGAUGUGUUCAGUGGCUCGCUACGUGUUCCCUUUUCAACGGACCAGCACAUUAUGAAUGAGCGAAGUUUUGAAUCAUUGCUGGUAAAACAUGCUUCAGAAAACGGCUUAAUAGCAAGGCCCCAAUGGACGGAAAAGGUCGUCCAAAUGUACCAUCUAUCGAAGAAGAAUCACGGUAUAAUAGUGGCUGGCGGACCUGGUAGUGGAAAGACCUCGUGCAUUACGUCAUUGGUGGAGACCCUAGCACGAUGGUCAUUGGUUAUCCAUGGCAACACUGGAGCCCAAGUACAUGCGCAUAAACUACAACGCAUCAACCCGCUGGCCGUUUCGGAUAUCUCCCUUAUGUUCGGCCAACUCGGCCCUAAUGGGGACUGGAUUGAUGGGAUAUUCACAUCAUAUUGGAGGAAGGCAAACAAGGAGCAUAAUGUUCAUAGAACAACUACGUGGUUAUGUCUUGAUGCUCCAUUGCAUCAAGGCUGGGCGGAGAAUCUAUCCAGUGUGCUUGAUAAUGGCAAGUAUUUGACUUUGGAGAAUUGUGAACGACUGCACCUGACCGAUGAUGUCAGAAUCGUAUUUGAGACGGAUGAUUUGACGAAUGCUUCACCUGCAAUCUUAUCUAGAACGGCCAUGGUGUAUAUGGAUGACGAUGUCCUUGGUUGGCAGCCACUUGCCGAAGCAUAUGUCAAUGAAAGAACAAGUUCAAUGGAAAGAAAGUGCCUCAUGAAAGUUUUUAACAACACACUUGACCCCAUAUCUCAUUUUGUUCUUCACGAUGCAAAACCUCUUAUGAAGAUCUGUGAAGUUGGAUUAUUCCGUACUUGUCUAUCGUUGCUUGAAUCUCUUAUGCAUAACAACUCUGAUUUAAGCGGGGAGCUUCAUAUAGAAAGACUCUUUCUGUUUUCAUUAAUCUGGUCGUUUGGUAUUUUACUGGAUGACCAAGAUAGAAAGAAAUUUGGAGACCUACUUCUCACCCUUACCACUGGGUUACCUGAUUAUGAUCAAGAUAUCUCCGUAUUUGAUUAUUAUUUGGAUGAGUCUGGAGAAUGGGAACUAUGGAGAUCGCGAGUCCCAGACGAGAGUUAUUUUGAUGCAGCGGAUCUACUGGGAGAAGUCUUUGUUGAGACAGAUCAAACGAUCCGUAUUCGUCUCUUAAUGGACUUGGUCAGAAUGUCAGGUCGAAAUAUUCUGUUGGUUGGACCAGAGGGGGCAGGAAAAUCAUGUCUGGUCAACGACUUCCUUGAUAAACAAGUCACCGAAAACAAGAGACUUAUGGUUCGUCGUUUUGUUUACUCGAGCAAUUCAACAGCCUCGUCUCUUCAACGUUUCAUUGAAAGUAAUAUACAUCAUAGACAAGGUUAUGACUAUGGUGCUCGUGGCGGGAAGAUACUCAGUGUCUUCAUUGAAGAUCUCAACCUUCCUGAAGCAGACGUGUUUGGAAUUCAGGAGGUUAACGAGCUCCUAAGACAAUUGUUGGACGACCGUGCAUUGUACAAGCUCCAGAAACCGUUCGAAUGGCGAAAACUUGAAGAUCUUGUUGUGAUUGCCACAAUGAAUACAUCGUUCAAAGCUCCUGCUACCGGAUCUCACACACCAAUAUCAAACAGACUAAAGCGCCACUUUGCUGUUUUCUGCCUUCCAAAACCUGCCGCUAAGACAUUGUUUAGUAUUGUUACCUGUGUUUUAGAGGGUAAUAUGUCUCACAACCAAGGAAUGGGUCUACAACAAGAGUUGCAUGAACAGAUCACCGAAGCAACAUGUGCCAUGAUCGAGAGUGUCCAGCAAGCAUUACGGGCUUCACCCACACCUGGUCGUCUUCAUUAUCAUUUCAAUCUACGUGAUGUUGCAAGAGUGUUCCAGGGAUUAAAAAAUUGUCCUGAGGAGAUGAGAGCUGACGAGGAUUAUGUCGUGUCUCUAUGGCAACACGAAGUUCACAGAGUUGUAGGCGAUCGCAUAAGUCGUUCUGACGAUAGCACGUGGUUUGAAAGAAAAGUAAAAGAUCUGACUAAAACUUAUUUCCCAGAGAAACCGGCAAAUUCUCCGUCUCAAUUCUUUGUGACGUUUGCAACAGACACAAAGGAGCUCUACACAGGCCGAGCAGUUGCAUCAUCAAAAGCCGUUACAAAGACGACUCAUCAAGCCGUGGUUAGUUUGGAUGAAGUAAUUCCCUGCUUGGAGACAUACCUCACGCGAUACAACGACGAGUUUUCGACAUCUCCUUUGAACUUGAUGUUGUCCAAUCACAUCAUCUCCCAUGUCAUACGAAUACAUCGCAUCUUGAGCAUAAAAAACAGUGGUAAUUUAUUGUUAGUUGGCCCAAUUGGUUCCCAGCUCUCCGACCUGGCCGCUCUGGCUCUCUACAUGCUGGAGUACCCCAUACACACUAUUGAUUGUUCAUAUCGCGGUUCGUUUCUCGAUGGUCUCCGAUCAGCCGUUCGUAGAGCUGGCUGUGAUGGCAAGACAACUACUAUAAUAAUCAAGGAUCGUGAGUUAUUGGAGGAUUCUUAUCUUGAAGCUAUCAACAGUUUGUUGGUUAGUGGAGAAUACCCACCUUUGUUCUCUGAAGAUGAAAUCAACAGCCUACUCCAGGCUUUAAUGCCAUCGAUAAAGAGGAAAUUUUCUAGUUUUCUGACUGAUCCAAUGAAGUUCUUCCUGACAAGGGUGAAACGAAAUCUUCACAUUAUCCUCUGUUUACAGCCAACACACAAAAUUCUGUCAUCUACAUCAAGCCAUUAUCCUGGAAUCUUAUCCAACUGUCAUAUCAAUUGGGUAAAACAUUGGGGAGAAGAAGCUUUGGUUGGAAAAGCAAAACACUUCUUGCGAAAACAUGAUUUGUUCCAAGAUGAAACUUCUUCUGUAUUGAGACCCAGCGUGGUCUCAACGCUAGCAUCGAUCCACGAAUUUGUGCUGCAAGAUUGUCACCAUAUUCCCUGGGCCGGAGGCAUGGCUAUCAAUCCUGGUGGAGAGUUGGAAACGAAGGACUUGAAACAAGCUAAGAACGAUUCGAACAAUGAAUACGGUCGAGAUUUAUUGAUGGAAAGAAUUGCGUUGGCAAACCGUCAGAUCGAUGUCGCUUUGCCUAACGAAGUGUUUGUGGGUCCAACGACCUACGAUAGAUUAUUGCAUUGCUUCAUGAGCUUACUAAAGAAGAAAGAAGGAGAGACUAAAAAUCUUCUUAACGACUCAAGACUGUGCCUCGAUACGCUCUCCGAAGCUCGCCAAGAUGCCGAUAAGUUGAAGGACUACAUCACCAAGACGAAAUCAGAGUUCGAGGAAGCAAACCAAACCACAGCCAAGCUUUUGGAGGACCUCACCGCAAAAUCAACCGUCUUGGAAAAAUUAAAGGCGAAACUUGGUGUAGGCAGCGAUACCUUGAGGUCGUUCAUCGCUUUGAUUGAUAGCGAAAUUGAUGAUGAUGAUUCCUAUCUGUUUGUUGAUGAGGAGAAAGAUGAAUUGGACGAAGAAUUUGAAAGAAUCCAGGUCGCAAAAAUGAAAAGCAAGAAAGCAAAAACAGUUGAAGAAAUUGCAAUGGCAGAAAGGGAACAAGAGAGGUUGAGAUCAGAAUUAGACGAGGCUAAAGAUCAGGUUCUUGUCUGGCAAGAGCGGUUGGAUCGCACGUGCUGUGAAAGACUCAAAGCGAUUCAAAGUCCUCCCACGAUGAUCGGGCUGGUGAUGUUAAUGACAAUGACACUGCUUGGAAAACACGAGUUCUCUCCAUUCAUUUCAACGCCUUCCACAACAGGACGUCACGACAGGAAGUCCUUCGAUGGAGCAGCAGUGACUGACGACACUUCAAGUAUCGGCGGAAAAAAAAGAAACAGACUAGAACCCAGUCAGCUACGAGCUCCACCACAGUCUUCCUAUGCAGGUAUAUCAAGCGAUGGUAAGAUGGAUCGUCAGACGUGGAAAGCCAUACAGACAUUCAUGAGCGACUCUCAGAAAUUCGCGGAAGCUCUUCAUGGCGUGAGCUGGGAGGAAGGCCUGUCCGAUGAUAUUGUUCGCAGUGUUGAACCAUUCUUUGCCAAAAAUGAACUCGGAGAACUCGGGAAAUCAUUGCGUAGUGGCACAUCCAAGGGCAACACAUCCCCCGGAAAACAUUCCCCACAGACAGGUAACACACCUCCCGGAAAGAAUUACUCACAGACAGAGCGUCGUCAUUCAGUCGGAAUAACCGUGACAGCAGCACGAUACUCUUCGGAAGAUGCCGUCAUCCUCGUGGAGUAUGUGUUGUCACUACUUGAGUACACGAAGAAAUACAAGCCUUACAGGAAGGUCCUGGAUUACAUCGCUGAGCUGUCGGCGGAACAGGAGGAACACGAGAAACUCACAGAUGACGAGAGAUACAGUGAGGAUGAUUUCCACGAGGAGAAGCCAGCGGAUGGUGAGCCCGAACCUGUUCUCACCGAAGCUGACCUCCCAAGACUAGAGCAGGAGCUGGAGACAUUGCAAGAGGAGUUUGAUAAAGCAGUGAUGGUAAAAUACGACCUGCAGGAUGAGGUGAAUGCCUCGUCAGAGAGACUCAGAGUUGCACAAGAACUACUGCAAAGAUUGAAAGAUUUUGAAGAGGAUUCCAGAGUGUUUGUGACUGAGUAUUCCUCGUCUGAAGUCCUCUUGUCAAACUGUAUGUCGGCUGCGGCGUUUCUGACUUACUGUGGACCAAUGGGAAUUGAUCAAAGAAAAAAGAUGGUGGCGUAUUUUACAAAUGCAUCUUCAAAGCAUGGCUUACCAAAAGAAUCGAAACAAGUAUUUUAUGACCUUCCGCUUUGUGAAUACCUCAACGGAAAGCUCGCUCUUAAGAUGCUGCAACAUUCCAAGGCGCUCACUGAUCCUCUCUCCUUGGAUAACUCAUGUCUUGUGAAUCAGGAAGAAACAGCAAACACUUGGCCAUUGAUCUGCGAUCCUCAACGUGUUGCACAAUCCUUAGUCACGGCUCUCAACCAGGUCACCAUCGUCAAGUUCAAGGAGUUACGUGGUCAUCUUGAGACAUGCCUGAUGGAAGGAACUCAGUUGUUUGUGACUGAUGUUGAUCUUGGAGCUCUCGUUGAAGAUGACAGGUUUUACUAUAUUCUAAGAAAUGUACCAACGUUCCUUAAGGCCACCAACCCAUUCAAAUUGCUGGUUGGGGAACAUGAAAUAGAGUGUCAACCGUCAUUCAGGUUGUUCAUGUCUACAACAUGUCUUGCAUAUCGCGUUCCAGCUAAGCUGAGCGCGGUCAUCAACGUCAUCGAGAUGUACUUGUCACGUGAUGGUCUUGAAGAGAUGUUCCUGGAUAGAUUCAUGGGACUGGAGAAACCUAGGAUCCAGGACUCCAGGCAACAGUCUGUCUCGGAGCUUGUUCGCUUGUUGAAAAUGAAAGACGAGUCGGAGAGGAAAUUCCUGGAAGUUUUGUUAAAAAACAGACAAUUCUUACAUGAUCUUGCUACAAUGAAGAAAAUAUCGUCGAUUAGAAGAAAUUUUGAGGAAACAGUGGAAAGUAUCACACGAGUUGAACAAUCCGAAGCAUCUCUGCUCCACUCACGUGAGGCAUUUCGGCCAAUCGCGCGGCGUGCUGCCGUGUUGUUUGACGUCACACGUCACAUGGGCGAGGUGAACGAGAAAUAUACAAUAUCAUUGGCCCAGUUCUUGAAGAUAUUCGAUACAGCCAUACAACACUCUGAGAGAACUGCUGUGAAGGCUGUGGCUGAAAGAGUUGGACAAAGCGCAUUCUUCUUUGCUGCGCAAGGUUUCAUGGAGAAAGAUCGAACCUUGUUUGCUUUGCUCUCUGCAAUUGAGGUUGAGGAUUCAUUUGGUCGUGUUUCGCCAGGAGACCGCGAGUUUCUUAUCUAUCCAGCGUACGGAUCUGCUGUUAAAACUGCGCUCAGUCACGGCACAGUGACCACGUCUCAAACGAAAAUAAUCAAUGCAAAAAAACCGUUCGACUGGAUGACGGAUGAACAAUAUAAUGGGUUACAGUUACUUGCGCAGUCGUUUGACUGGUUCCAAGAACCGUUUGAGAAAAUGACAAAAGAUGGUCGUGAAACACAAUGGAGGCAACUUGUGGAACAUGAGAUACCUGAACUUGUUGCUUUGCCCGACAAUUUAGACGAGAAGUUUACUCCAAUGCAAAGAUUCAUGAUUAUCAGAGCUAUUCGACCGGAUCGUCUCGUUCAGACUUCUCGAUCAUUUAUCAUACAAGGCUUAGGGCGAAGGUAUACAUCAGACCUGCCUCUUGAUCUUGCCUUCGUUCAUCGCCAAAGUGACUCAAGAACUCCAGUGUUGUUGUUAUAUGAUGAGGAAUCCUCCAUCUUACAGACACUUGUCAGAGAUCUGGCUGGAAAGAAACAGGUUGAUCUGUCUGUUGUGCACCUCGCUACGGGUUGUUCAAAUGAAGAGCGAUACGCCAGACGAAGUUUGCAUAAGGCUAUGACUGAGGGUACAUGGUUGCUGCUUCUAGAUGGUCAUAACUCUCCGCGGCUUCUAGACAUGCUUGACUCGUUGAUAUCUGACAAACAGAUUGAGGGUAACUUCAGAUUGUGGAUUUCAGCCAAGAUCACAUCACCAUUACCAUGCAGUCUGCUGCAACUCACCGUCAAAGUGGUCGCUGAUUCACCCAAGAACAUCCGGGACAACUUGGUGCGAUCAAUGUCAUUGGUCGAUAGCGAUAUCCUCGCUUCGAGCACUCGAUCAGAAUGGCCAGCAAUCUUACACAAUGUCUGCGUACUUCAUAACGUUGUACGCUUGAGGUCCCAGUAUCAGUUGGUUGGCUGGAAUGAGCCAGAAGUCAUAAAACCUGGUGCUCUUGAACUAUAUGAUGCCAUCAGAGUGGCUGCGAGAGAGUUUGGUGAACACACCUCACACGAACGAUCUAAAUCACCAGUCACAGCCACCGGGAAAGCGAUACAGUGGAAUGCUUUGAGAUAUAUGCUGGCAGAGGUUGUGUAUGGUAAAAUAAUCCGCGAUGAGUUUGAUCAACAAUCCCUGAACGCGAUUGUAGACUACUGGAUUAGUCCCGCUGCUGUUAAGAAAGAAUUUGAAGCCUCGAGAGUCAAAUACAGAUUACCUUCUGUGUUCUUCUCUGGUAAUGUUCGUCUUCCCACUCUGGUUCAAUCGCUCGAAUCUUUGCCUGCGAAUGUCCUUGAUGUUCCUGAAGCCUGUGGCUUGCAUUCCUCCCCUGAGACUGUAGUCGCUCACGAUCAGUACAUCUUCACUCGUCUCAAUUGGAUCUACGACCGAAUGCCAGUUUCCAGCACUCUAACGCACGCCUGCGUGGAGUCUGACUUUUACACUCCCACGAAGGGCGUCGUGGUCGUCAGCGGUCAGACGCAAUUGCCAGGCGCAAGUUUUCUCGCCGUUGACAAGUCCGGUGUGUUCGCUAGUGCCAGUCUCUGGGCGUUACGAAACAGGAGAGACGUUGACCUGCUGGAGAUAUGUACGUCAGCUUUAAAUAAAGUACCUAGACCUUGGAGCAAGGAAGCUAUAAAUGAAAAGCUCAAGAAAGGUGGUGUUACAUCGUUCAGUUUAUUCGUACUUUCCGAAGUCGAGCAGAUGCAGAAGUUGAUUCUGACAAUCAGAGAGGAUCUUCAGAUCAUCAAGACUUCUGUAAGUGAUGGUGUUCAUGGUGAUCUGGUACCACCAGAUGUUCUGGAAGCUGCAAAUGCUUUGUACCAUUUGCGUAUACCAUCGCGAUGGUUGCGGUUGGCUGGCGACUCUUCUCCUCCAGGAACAUGGAGUCUCUCUGCAUGGUUGGCCGAUCUACAAAGCAGACAUUCUCACAUUGAACGUGUUGUCACUCAAGGUCGAGAUCGCGUUCCAGCGUACUGGCUUGGAGCAUUCUUCAAUCCUAAGCGAUUACUUGCCAUCGUUAAACAAGAAGCGAUAAGGAAUUUUGAAAGCAGCGGUCGCUCCUCAGUCAUGGAACUCUUUGUAUUGCAGAGUGACAUCACAGGCAGAGAUAAAGAUCACUUACGAGAACCACCGCUUGAAGGGAUUUUCGUUUACGGUCUAUACAUGUGGGGAUGUGCCUGGGAGAAGACUACGGGUGACCUCAUGGAUGCCGCACCUAGACAUGGUCCAACCCCUCUACCCGUCAUCCAUCUUACAGUUGUACCUCAGUCCGAAAAACAUACCCUACAUGACCCGCAAAAGGCAGCUGUAUCAUACUCCUGUCCAUGUUAUCCUUCAAGGAUCUGUUCACGAGAGCCCGUGUUGCAGUUGGACAUCGAUAAUAAAGAUGUCUCCGCCAGUCGUUGGGCCCUGCGUGGUUUAUGCGCGACUUUGAGACCGUUUUAAUGGUCUGACUGUUAUUUAUUUGUACAAAUAUCAGAGUUAUUGCGAGUUAUUGCCGUAAUUAUAGUUAAAUUAUGAAUAGAAAAUAUGAGCUGAUUGCACUCGCAGUUUCACACCCGCCAGAUAUAAGAUAUUUGUACAUUUUGAAUAAGGUAUUUAACCGUCGUUUGUUAAGAAAAAAAAAUUCAAUUAUGCGCUCUUUGA